CAGCAGCAGCAGCAGUCGCCGCCGCCGCCGCCCGCCCGUCCCAACGAGGAGGAGAAAGGAGGGGACCGGAAGGAGCCGCUGGUGCUGCGGGAAGUGGCAGGAGCUGGAGGCGGGGACCCACCUGGAAGCGCCGCGGCGCCGCUAUCGAGCUUCCUGCAGCGGUGGCCACCCGAGCAAGUGCCGUGGCGGGGGCGGAGAGCGGCCAAGGCGGCGGCGCCUCCCCAAGUGGCCCGUGGCGUCCGACCCCGCGUGAAAGAUAUCAAGUUGUUCUAGUACGACCAUAUAAAUAAAUAAUACCUGAAGUCUCAGUGUAACAUGGACAAUUAACAGUGAUGACAGAUAAAUACAGACGCGUGGGGAUCAAAUACUAGGCGAAACGCUUUUUAAAAGUGUAUCAGGUUUUUACAAAACACUGCAGGAUCCUGUCUACCUUAAUGCCAAUAGAGCUCAGCUAACGAAAUUUAGGAAGUUCUAGUAUUCUCCAUGGCUGAAGCUGAAAGAGUCUGAAACCCUGAUGCUUAAGCUCCAUUCUAGAUCAUAGCUCCAACUCCUUCAGGAUAUAAGGAAAAGAGAUUAUAUUUCCACAAUGAUAGAUCUUUGGUUGUACAGGUUUCCCAAUGAGUGGAUCAUGAUGACCGUAUUGUAGGGACUUGCCAUAGUAUGGCUGCUUCCCGAUCUACUCGUGUUACAAGAUCAACAGUGGGGUUAAACGGCUUGGAUGAAUCUUUUUGUGGUAGAACUUUAAGGAAUCGUAGCAUUGCACAUCCUGAAGAAAUCUCUUCUAACUCUCAAGUACGAUCAAGAUCGCCAAAGAAGAGACCAGAGCCUGUGCCAAUUCAGAAAGGAAAUAAUAAUGGGAGAACCACUGAUUUAAAACAGCAGAGUACCCGAGAAUCAUGGGUAAGCCCUAGGAAAAGAGGACUUUCUUCUUCAGAAAAGGAUAACAUAGAAAGGCAGGCUAUAGAAAAUUGUGAGAGAAGGCAAACAGAACCUGUUUCACCAGUUUUAAAAAGAAUUAAGCGUUGUCUUAGAUCUGAAGCACCAAACAGUUCAGAAGAAGAUUCACCUAUAAAAUCAGACAAGGAGUCAGUAGAACAGAGGAGUACAGUAGUGGACAAUGAUGCAGAUUUUCAAGGGACUAAACGAGCUUGUCGAUGUCUUAUACUGGAUGAUUGUGAGAAAAGGGAAAUUAAAAAGGUGAAUGUCAGUGAGGAAGGGCCACUUAAUUCUGCAGUAGUUGAAGAAAUCACAGGCUAUUUGGCUGUCAAUGGUGUCGAUGACAGUGAUUCAGCUGUUAUAAACUGUGAUGACUGUCAGCCUGAUGGGAACACUAAACAAAAUAGCAUUGGUUCCUAUGUGUUACAGGAAAAAUCAGUAGCUGAAAAUGGGGAUUCGGAUACCCAAACUUCAAUGUUCCUUGAUAGCAGGAAGGAAGACAGUUAUAUAGACCAUAACGUGCCUUGCACAAAUUCACAAGUGCAGGUCAAGUUGGAGGAUCACAAAAUAGUAACUGCCUGCCUGCCUGUGGAACAUGUUAAUCAGCUGACUACUGAGCCAGCUGCAGGGCCCUUUUCUGAAACUCAGUCAUCUUUAAGGGAUUCUGAGGAGGAAGUAGAUGUGGUGGGAGAUAGCAGUGCCUCAAAAGAGCAGUGUAAAGAAAACACCAGUAACAACCUGGACACAAGUCUUGAGAGUAUGCCAGCCUCCGGAGAACCUGAACCAUCUUCUGUUCUAGACUGUGUUUCAACUCAAAUGAUGUCUUUAUCAGAACCUCAAGAACAUCGUUAUACUCUGAGAACCUCACCACGAAGGGCAGUCUCUACCAGAGGUAGUCCUACUAAAAACAGUUCUCCUUACAGAGAAAAUGGACAAUUUGAGGAGAAUAAUCUUAGUCCUAAUGAAACAAAUGCAACUGUUAGUGAUAAUGUAAGUCAGUCUCCCACAAAUCCUGGUGAAAUUUCUCAAAAUGAAAAAGGGAUAUGUUCUGACUCUCAAAAUUGUGGAAGUGAAGGACUAAGUAAACUGCCCUCAGAGGCAAGACUCAAUAUUGGACAUUUGCCAUCUGCCAAAGAGAGUGCCAGUCAGCACAUUACAGAAGAGGAAGAUGAUGAUCCUGAUGUUUAUUACUUUGAAUCAGAUCAUGUGGCACUGAAACACAACAAAGAUUAUCAGAGACUACUGCAGACGAUUGCUGUACUCGAGGCUCAGCGUUCUCAAGCAGUCCAAGACCUUGAAAGUUUAGGCAGACACCAGAGAGAAGCACUAAAGAAUCCCAUUGGAUUUGUGGAAAAACUCCAGAAGAAGGCUGAUAUAGGGCUUCCAUAUCCACAGAGAGUUGUUCAAUUGCCUGAGAUCGUAUGGGACCAAUAUACCCAUAGCCUUGGGAACUUUGAAAGAGAAUUUAAAAAUCGUAAAAGACAUACUAGAAGAGUUAAGCUAGUUUUUGAUAAAGUAGGUUUACCUGCUAGACCAAAAAGUCCUUUAGAUCCUAAGAAGGAUGGAGAGUCCCUUUCAUAUUCUAUGUUGCCUUUGAGUGAUGGUCCAGAAGGCUCAAGCAGUCGUCCUCAGAUGAUAAGAGGACGCCUGUGUGAUGAUACCAAACCUGAAACAUUUAACCAAUUGUGGACUGUUGAAGAACAGAAAAAACUGGAACAGCUACUCAUCAAAUACCCUCCUGAAGAAGUAGAAUCUCGACGGUGGCAGAAGAUAGCAGAUGAAUUGGGCAACAGGACAGCAAAACAGGUUGCCAGCCGAGUACAGAAGUAUUUCAUAAAGCUAACGAAAGCUGGCAUUCCAGUACCAGGCAGAACACCAAACUUAUAUAUAUACUCCAAAAAGUCUUCAACAAGCAGACGACAGCACCCUCUUAAUAAGCAUCUCUUUAAGCCUUCCACUUUCAUGACUUCCCAUGAACCACCAGUGUAUAUGGAUGAAGAUGAUGACCGAUCUUGUUUUCAUAGCCACAUGAACACUGCUGUUGAAGAUGCAUCAGAUGACGAAAGUAUUCCUAUCAUGUAUAGGAAUUUACCUGAAUAUAAAGAACUAUUACAGUUUAAAAAGUUAAAGAAGCAGAAACUUCAGCAAAUGCAAGCUGAAAGUGGAUUUGUGCAACAUGUGGGCUUUAAGUGUGAUAACUGUGGCAUAGAACCCAUCCAGGGUGUUCGGUGGCAUUGCCAGGAUUGUCCUCCAGAAAUGUCUUUGGAUUUCUGUGAUUCUUGUUCAGACUGCCUACAUGAAACAGAUAAUCACAAGGAAGAUCACCAAUUAGAACCUAUUUAUAGGUCAGAGACAUUCUUAGACAGAGACUACUGUGUGUCUCAGGGCACCAGUUAUAAUUACCUUGACCCAAACUACUUUCCAGCAAACAGAUGACAUGGAAGAGAACAUCAUUUACUAGUCCUCUUCAACACAUAGCAAUGGUAUCAUUGUUAAUUAUGUGCACAGUUUGGAAAGAUUCUCUGCUUUCCCAGAAAUGACACUCACAGCAUGAGAGCUUCCUGAGUGUUCUCGUCAAGUACAGCUCUGCACCGUUGUGGCUCUAGAUCACUGUUCAGCAGCUGAACAUUCCUGGUGAGCAAAGGGUUUCCCUGGUGAAUUUUUCACCACCGCAUUUUAGGUGGUGAUCUUAAAUGGGUGAGAUGGAACGAGAGCACACAUUAAGAGAGAGUAAAUUCCAAAGGUUUCAAAGAACUUGGUGAUAAAUAUGAUAAUGAGAAGACAAAGUAUUUAUAUUAAAACAGUUUAGUAGCCUUCAGUUUUGUGAAAAUAGUUUUCAGCACAGAAACUCACUUCUUUAGACAAAGUUUUAACCAAUGAUGGUGUUUGCUUCUAGGAUAUACACUUUAAAAGAACUCACUGUCCCAGUGGUGGUCAUUGAUGGCCUUUAGUAAAUUGGAGCUGCUUAAUCAUAUUGAUACCUAAUUUCUUUUAACCACAAUGAAUUGUCCUUAAUUACCAACAGUGAAGCACUACAGGAGGCAACUGUGCCACUGCUUCCUUAACCAGCUCAUGGUGUGUGAAUGUUAUAAAAUUGUCACUCAGAUAUAUUUUUUAAAUGUAAUGUUAUAUAAGAUGAUCAUGUGAUGUGUACAAACUAUGGUGAAAAGUGCCAGUGGUAGUAACUGUGUAAAGUCUCUAAUUCACAACAUUAAUUCCUUUAAAAUACACAGCCUUCUGCCUCUGUAUUGGAGUUGUCAGUACAACUCAUCAAAGAAAACUGCCUAAUAUAAAAAUCAUAUAUAUGGUAAUAAUUUCCCUCUUUUGUAGUCUGCACAAGAUCCAUAAAAGAUUGUAUUUUUAUUACUAUUUAAACAAGUGAUUAAAUUUAGUCUGCACAGUGAGCAAGAGUUCACAUGCAUUCUUUUAUACUGCUGGAUUUUGUUGUGCAUCAUUUAAAACAUUUUGUAUGUUUCUUCUUAUCUGUGUAUACAGUAUGUUCUUGAAUGAUGUUCAUUUGUCAGGAGAACUGUGAGAAAUAAACUAUGUGGAUACUGUCUGUUUAUAUUAUAGAAUGUUUGUUGUGACUUCCUUUUGGUUAGAUUUUGGAUUUUUUUUUUUUUUUUUUAACCAGUGUUAAAAUCAGAAAUUGGUAUUUUUAAAAAUGGUUUGCUUCACAUAUUUAAGAGUUUUCUUUCCGUCAUUUAUGAAGAAUAAGGAAUAUAUUAUGGAAAAGAGGGUGAUCUUAAGCAACCCUGUAAAAGAUGGUAAUGUUUUUUACUCAGUGUAUGCCAAAACACUAAAUUAAACUACCUUACAAAAAGGAAACACAGACCAUGGUUAAAGAAAAAGGCAAUUAUUAAUGCUGAGGUGUGAAUACUAAAGCUGAAAUUUUUUUUUUCUAGUUUUGUCUCAUGAAAAUAAGCCCCCCAUGUAUUUAAACAGAUGGCUUUUGAAAAAUCACCUUGUUUCCUAGAAAUUAUUAUUAACUAUAGGAAAAGAUAGUAUAAAUAUUCUAAGAUUGAUUGUUAUAUUUGACCCAAUUUUUAGAAUCACCUGUUUUUUCCUAUUUUAAAUCAAGGGAACAUUAUUUACUAGUUCUCUUCAGUACAUAGCAGGGUACUAAAAUCAUACCCUGAAUUGUUUUUUAAUUGAGAAAAGUAAUAGAAUUUUAAAUAUAGAAAUAUGAGAAUUUUAAAGUAAUAUAUUGAUUAAAGAUCACUGAUGAUAUAGAUAUAAUAUAUCAUAACAGAAGGAAAAGUAAAUGGACUUGAGCUUAACUUCUCACCCUGGAAUUAUUAGUGGGGUGAAGAGGGAAAUCAUUAGCAUUCUGGGCAUUUUUAUAUUAAAUGGUUUGUGAAUAUGCCAGAAGAUCUGCUUUCAACUUGUAAUUAGACAAGAUAGUAACACUUGAUGGUAACUUCUCUGUUUGUGUAGAAAUAAUACCAGUUAGUUUUGGAAAGCCAUUCGGAUCCAUUCAAAAAUUCCAUAAAGUAUGAUGUAUGCUUUGGAAGAGGGCUAUGAGUGAUACAAUUGUUAUAUAAAUGGAAUAGACAAACCACUUGAAUGCAUUUUUCAAGGGCAAACAUUUUUUGAGAUUUUUGAGUAAUAAAGAGGAUUUUUCGCUUGAGCAGAAGGUGUGUUUGUUUUGCAUUUUUCAGCUCCAAGCAAAUAGCCCCCAUGGUUUUAAAAGGCCCUGAAGUUCGGAUAGUAGUAGGUAGUGUUUUGUUGUUGUUUUAAUUUGAGAAUUGCAGGAAUAAUGGGCAGAGCUGUCAUUUGCCAGUAGGCCACCAUCUGCCUACAGAGAAUUAUUGGACUGAAAGCUAAAACAGACUGUAAAAGACCUACUUGCUAAAGCAUUGCUUAUUCAGUGGUAUUCAGUAGAUAAGAUCUAUUUCCUGAUAUAUUGUGCUCAAGUUAUUUGCACAUCUUAAGAAACUUUUAAUAUCUAAAACCAUUGCUGUAAGGUUUAGGCAGAGGAGGUUUCCUUUUGUGUGAUGCAUAAUAAUAAUAGAAAACACUGAUACAGUGUUUACUAUGUGCCAAGCAAGCAUAUAAUAACUAAUUCUUAACUCUAUGAGGCAGGUUCAUUUAUUAUCCUGUUGUCUUAUGAGGAAAUCUAGCCAGAGAGAAGUUAACUAACCUGCCCAAGGUCAUAUAGUUAGUAAAGCGGUGAUGCUUGAAUUUUAACCUAGACAGAUUACUUCAGAGUCAGCGUCUGCCUUACUACCCUGUUUCCUGAGCGGGAAUUUCCCCUUGUGUCAGGCAACACUAGGUGUUAGGAGUGGAGGUGUGCAGGUGUUGCCUUACAUUCUGUUUUCCUGAUGUCGUGUGCUUUCUAAGAGUACAGACCUGAGCAUAUGUCCAGGCUUGCAAAGUCUCAGGCGAAGCUGGGACUACAGCUUGUGUUUCCUGCCUCGGGUAGGAUUUUCUUCUAUGCAUGUUGGGUGCUUCUCACUUAACCUAAUAGUAUGCCUUGUCUGUUUUCCCCCCUUCCCCUUUUUGUUUAAAUUAAUUCACAGAACACAAAAAUUUACUAGGUAUGAGGAACAUUUAAAAAAAUGAAAUAGAGAAAAUGGUGCAUCACAUGUAAUAAAGAUAAAUAGUUUUGUGAAA